ACCACCUUGCUCCGGCCCAGCUCCUGUCUCGCGAGGGACCAGCAGCACGUGAGGUGCGCCCAGAGCAGGAGAAGGAAGAGCCUUUUCACAGGAGCGAUGUCCCCGUGGCUGGGUCACACCAGGGUCUGCGACACCCUUCAUAACUCUCAGAGGAAUCCGGAACCCUUUCUGGAACGAACGGACGCUACUGUGCGCGCACCCCUUGGAGAAAUGGCCUCGUCACCCGCCGUCCCCAGCCUCCCCAGUCCCUCUGCUCGGAUAAGGACCCUGGACGCAAGCCUCCCUCAGCCGGGCCGAGGCCAGCAAGGUCUGAUCUCGGAGCUGAGGCUGGCCGUGCCCUGGGGCCACAUUGCCGCCAAAGCCUGGGGCUCCCCCGGCAGCCGCCGGGUGCUCUGCCUGCACGGCUGGCUGGACAACGCCAACUCCUUCGACAGACUCAUCCCUCUUCUCCCGAAAGACUUUUAUUACGUUGCCAUGGAUUUCGGGGGCCACGGGCUGUCAUCCCACUACAGACCAGGUGUGCAGUACCAUGUUGAAGGCUUUAUGAGUGAGAUCCGAAGGGCCAUGGCAGCCUUGAAGUGGAAUCGUUGUUCUAUCAUGGGCCACAGUUUCGGUGGCAUCAUAGGUGGGAUGUUCUCCUGCACCUUCCCCGAGAUGGUGGAUAAGCUUGUCCUUUUGGAAUCAAGCCUUGCUGCCCUGGACACUAACGAGCUGGAGAACCUGCUGGACUACAGGCGGAAACGGAUCGAGAUCACGCUGCAGCAGGAGGAGGCCUCCGGGAAGCCCCCACGCGUGUACAGCCAGGAGGAGAUACUGCAGAAGCUCCUGCAGGCGAACACCCACGUGUCGGAGGAGUCAGCAAAAAUCAUCCUGCAGAGAGGCACCUCGCCGGUGGCCACAGGUGUGGUGCUGAACAGAGACCAGAGGCUCACUCUGCCGGAGUUUUACACUGAAUUCCUCGGCAAAGAUAAAGUGGUGCCUUUCACCAAAAAACUGCAGGCCCACCUGCUGUUCAUCAGAGCAAGCCAAGGGUGCAAUGAUGUGAGAAAGGAGAACGUUCGUAAAGAGGAGCCGAUGGGUUUCAUGCUCAAGACGUUGAAAUCAGUCCUGAAAGAGGUAGGCGCGGGGCUCGGGGCGGCUGGGAUGCAGGGGAGGUGUCCGGCCCGCCGGGACCCCCAGCCCGGGCCCAGGUCUGACAGAUCGGGUCCCCAGCCCCAGGAGGUACCGGGCCUCACUCCGAGCUGAGGUCACAGGUGAACCAGGAGCGGUGUUGUUCAUGGGCACGCGCCCUGUGACUGUCCUCACAUACCCGCUGCACCAGGCCCUACUUGGCCAGAAGACACCGCACAAUUCUCUAGGGCCCCAAACGGGGGGCAGGCGACCAGUCCCCUCAUGGGCGCUGGCUGCAGGCGGGGCGAGCCUCCAAGGGGCAGGGCCGGGACGCGUGUGGUGACCUCAUCCCCGGGGAGUAGCCGGCAUGCCGUGAUCACCAGCCACCUGCACACCUGGGCCCCGCAGGCACCAUCUGCGCGAGGGAAGCCCGGGCUGGGCCGGCGGGCGGUGCCCUCCCGUCCGGUGGGUCUUCUCCUGGGCACGGACGAGUGUGCACAACUGCCCUUCUGCUCCAGAGGGGACCUCCCAGAGCCCUCAGGGCCCGCAGCAGCCCCACGGCCCCGCUCUCUGGGUUCACCGCUCAGAGCGGCGCGGACCCCAGGCUUGGGCACUGCCCUCCGGAUCCGGCCCUUCUCGCUGCCCCGGAGCCAGGGCCCAAACCCCCAUGGGGCGCUAGGCGUUAGACGGGGGCCCAGGGAGCCCUGCUCGUUCAGUCAGCGCCCCACGGCUCACCGUGGGGACACUCCUGAGCCGGGGCGGGCGGCAGGGCACGGGAGAGCCCCGCUGCGCCUCCCCGGGCCCGGCCUCACCGCGGCCCCUCCCUCCUCCAGCAGUUCCAGUACGUGGAAGUGCCGGGCAAUCACUACGUCCACAUAAACCAACCCGACCUCGUGGCCGCUGUCAUCAGCUCCUUCUUGGAGAGCGACUGUCCCCAAGCCCAGGAGUAGGCCGGGGCUGGGGGCGACAUGACACCCAGCUCCAGGGGCCUCCGGCCAGGCCGGGCGCGACAAGGACGGGCCUCGACGGUCGACACCAGUGAAGCCAGCAGAGGGGGUGUGGGGCCAAGGCUUCUCAUUCCCACGGGCGUGACGUCACAAGGGGCGCUGUGUCUGGACUCCGGGGGCGCCCUGGGUUGGGCCGAUGACCUGCGGUGAGCUGGCGGUGGCCGCAGGACGGCGGGGCUGGGACGGACCGGCCCAGCCUGCCCCGCUGCCUGGGGGCCGGGAAAUAAACAGUUCUGAUGUCUCCCUC